AAAUGUCCAGCGUCAGAAACAGGCUUUUGCGCAACUCGAAUCAGAGGGUGGGGUGCAGGAUGAGUUUUGUUCCUUCUGUGACUGAGAGUUCCCGGAUAUCCACCUGUAGCUCACGGUGGCAUUUCUAAAGUAGGGUGGCUCUUCUUUCGGUGGGAAAACUGGGUCUCAGCUUGGAAGGGAGCAGGUGGUAUCUCUGGUUGCCUGGUGGGCGUGCGGCGGUCCUUCUCCUCCAUGACUCACCGGGGCCGUGGGCGUGGAGCAGCCCCAGCAUGACUGUCCCCGCCUCCGGCUUCCUCCUGAGAGUCCACGAGCUGCUGAUGAAUGCCCGCUGAGCAAUCGUGCCCUUAACUCGGCUGACAAACACCACGACGCUGCUCACGAAAUCAUCGAGACCAUUCGGUGGGUCUGUGAGGAGAUCCCGGACCUCAAGCUCGCCAUGGAGAAUUACGUUCUAAUUGACUACGACACCAAAAGCUUCGAAAGCAUGCAGAGGCUCUGUGACAAGUACAACCGGGCCAUCGACAGCAUCCACCAGCUGUGGAAGGGGACCACACAACCCAUGAAACUGAACACGCGGCCGUCCACCGGGCUCCUGCGGCACAUCCUGCAGCAGGUCUACAACCACUCGGUCACUGACCCCGAGAAGCUGAACAACUACGAGCCCUUCUCCCCGGAGGUGUACGGAGAGACCUCCUUCGACCUGGUCGCCCAGAUGAUCGACGAGAUCAAGAUGACCGAGGAUGACCUGUUCGUGGACCUGGGCAGCGGAGUGGGCCAGGUCGUGCUGCAGGUCGCCGCGGCCACCAACUGCAAACAUCACUAUGGUGUCGAGAAAGCAGACAUCCCAGCCAAGUACGCGGAGACCAUGGACCGCGAGUUCAGGAAGUGGAUGAAAUGGUAUGGAAAAAAGCAUGCAGAAUACACACUGGAGAGAGGCGAUUUCCUCUCGGAGGAGUGGAGGGAGCGGAUCGCCAACACGAGUGUUAUAUUUGUGAAUAACUUUGCCUUUGGUCCUGAGGUGGAUCACCAGCUGAAGGAGCGGUUUGCAAACAUGAAGGAAGGUGGCAGAAUCGUGUCCUCGAAGCCCUUUGCGCCUCUGAACUUCAGAAUCAACAGUAGAAACUUGAGCGACAUCGGCACCAUCAUGCGCGUCGUGGAGCUCUCGCCGCUGAAGGGCUCGGUGUCGUGGACGGGGAAGCCGGUCUCCUACUACCUGCACACCAUUGACCGCACCAUACUUGAAAACUAUUUUUCUAGUCUGAAAAAUCCAAAACUCAGGGAGGAGCAGGAGGCCGCGAGGCGCCGGCAGCAGCGAGACAGCAAGAGCAGCACGACCACGCCGACCAAGGCGCCCGCGGACACCCCGGUGGACUCGGGCGCUGAGGAGGAGAAGGCCGGGGCGGCUGCUGUCAAGAAGCCGUCUCCCUCUAAGGCCCGCAAGAAGAAGUUGAACAAGAAGGGCCGGAAGAUGGCAGGCCGCAAGCGCGGGCGCCCCAAGAAGAUGAGCGCCGCCAACCCCGAGCGCAAGCCCAAGAAGGCCCAGGGCGCCCUGGACCUGCUGCACGCCCAGGCUGUGUCGCGGGCGGCGUCGCCCUCGCCGCAGGAUGCACACAGGCCACCUCACAGCCCGUUCUACCAGCUACCUCCCAGCGUGCAGCGGCACCCCCCCGAGCAGCUGCUGCUGGCACCCACCCCACCCGCACUGCAGAAGCUGCUAGAAUCCUUCAAGAUUCAGUACUUGCAGUUCCUGGCCUACACGAAGACCCCUCAGUACAAGGCCAACCUGCAGCAGCUGCUGGACCAGGAGAAGGAGAAGAAUGCCCGGCUGCUGGGUGCUGCGCAGCAGCUGUUCGGCCACUGCCAGGCUCAGAAGGAGGAGAUCAAGAGGCUCUUCCAGCAGAAACUGGACGAGCUGGGAGUGAAGGCGCUGACCUACAACGACCUGAUCCAAGCGCAGAAGGAGAUCUCGGCUCACAACCAGCAGUUGAGGGAGCAGACGGAGCAGCUGGAGAAGGGCAACCGGGAGCUGAGGAGCCAGAGCCUGCAGCUGCUCAGGGCUCGGUGCGAGGAGCUGAAGCUGGACUGGGCCACGUUGUCCCUGGAGAAGCUGCUGAAGGAGAAGCAGGCCCUGAGGAGCCAGAUCUCAGAGAAGCAGAGGCGCUGCCUGGAGCUGCAGAUCAGCAUCGUGGAGCUGGAGAAGAGCCAGCGGCAGCAGGAGCUCCUGCAACUCAAGUCCUGCGUGCCGCCCGACGACGCCCUGUCCGGGCAGCUGCGCGGGAAGGGCGCCCUGGGCCGGGAGCUGGAGGCCGAGCCCGGCCGGCUGCACCUGGAGCUGGACUGCGCCAAGCUCUCCCUGCCACACUUGAGCCGCGUGAGCCCAGAGCUCUCCGUGAAUGGCCACGCAGCCGGCUACGAGCCAUGCAGUGCGCUUAGCCGGCCCUCGGCCAAGCAGGACGCCCACCAGUGCCUGGCGUGCCCCCUGGACCGGGAGGUGGUGCCCUGCGCCCCUGGCCACGGCGGCCGGCCGAGGCUAGAGAAGCUGCCCGGCCUGGUGCUGCCCGACUACGCCCGGCUCUCCCCCGCCAAGCUGGUGCUGAGACGCCACCUGAGCCAGGACCAUGCGGCCAGCGGCAAGGUGGCCGCUGGCGAGCCGCACCCGCGAGCUGAGCACGCCAAGGAGAACGGCCUCCCGUACCAGAGCCCUGGCCUCGCCAACGGCAUCAAGCUGAGCCCCCAGGACCCUCGGCCCCCCUCCCCUGCGGCCUUACAGAUGGCAGGGGAGAAGGGCAGUGAGAAGGGACUGAAGGAACGUGCCCACGGCAGCAGCGGGGAGGCCAUCACCAGCCUGCCCGUCAGCAUCCCGCUCAGCACGGUGCAGCCUAGCAAACUGCCCGUCAGCAUCCCCCUGGCCAGCGUGGUGCUGCCCAGCCGCGCCGAGAAGACGAGAAGCACCCCCAGCCCUGUGCCGCAGGCCCGGGAGGCCUCGUCCACGCUGGAAAAGCAGAUGAGUGCUAACGCCCACAGCACCGGGGGCAGCACUGCUGGGAGCAAAAGCCUCGCCCUGGCCCCUGCAGGCUUUGCAUACACCGGCUCGGUGGCCAUCAGUGGGGCCCUGGCAGGCAGCCCGCCCCUCGCCCCUGGAGUUGAGCCCCCAGCCUUGGACGAGUCUUCUAGCUCCGGAAGCCUAUUUGCGGCAAUGGGGUCCCGCAGCUCCACCCCGCAGCACCCCCCCUUGCUGGCGCAGCCCCGCAGCUGCGGCUCCGGCUCGCCUGCCCCCCAGCUUUGCACCAGCCCCCGGCUUGGCCCCACCCAGGGCCCGCUCCCCGACAGCAAAGGGGACCUCCCCUCCGAGGCUGGCUUCUCGGACCCCGAGAGCGAAGCCAAGAGGAGGAUCGUCUUCACCAUCUCGGCUGGUGCCAGCAGCUCCAAGCAGUCGCCUUCCAGCAAGCACAGCCCUCUGCCCUCAGGCACCCGCGGGGACAGCGGCCAGAGCCACGGGCAGGACAGCCGCAAGCGGGGCAGGAGGAAGCGGGCCUCGGCAGGGACCCCCAGCCUGAGCGCAGGCGUGUCCCCCAAGCGCCGGGCCCUGCCGUCCGUUGCUGGCCUCUUCACCCAGUCUUCGGGGUCCCCCCUGAAUCUCAACUCCAUGGUCAACAACAUUAACCAGCCUUUGGAGAUUACGGCCAUCUCGUCCCCCGAGAGCUCCCUGAAGAGCUCCCCAGUCCCUUACCAGGACAAUGACCAGCCGCCGGUGCUCAAGAAGGAGAAGCCCCUGAGUCAGACCAAUGGUGCCCACUACUCCCCACUGACCUCGGACGAGGAGCAGGGCUCCGAGGACGAGCCCGGCAGCGCCAGAAUUGAGAGAAAAAUUGCAACAAUCUCCUUAGAAAGCAAAUCUCCUCCCAAAACCUUGGAAAACGGUGGCGGCCUGGCGGGAAGGAAGGCGCCACCAGCCAGCGAGCCAGUCAAUAGCAGCAAGUGGAAGUCCACCUUCUCGCCCAUCUCCGACCUCGGCCUGGCCAAGGCGGCCGACAGCCCGCUGCAGGCCAGCUCCGCUCUGAGCCACAACUCCCUGUUCGCUUUCCGGCCCAGCCUGGAGGAGCCUGGCUCGGCCGACUCCAAGCUGGCCACCCACCCCAGGAAGAGCUUCCCAGCCGCCCUGCCGGGGGCAGGCGGGCUGAGCCCCAGCAGCCAUCCUGCCAGUGGCUUCGCGCUGGGCGGGGGCCUGGCGGCCGACCUCAGUUUACACAGCUUCAGUGAUGGUGCUUCUCUCUCCCACAAGGCCCCUGAGGCGGCUGGUCUGGGCGCCCCCCUGAGCUUUUCUGGCCCGCGGGGCAAGGAGGGCGGUGCCUCGGAAACUGGCCCCUUCGUGAACAAGAGGCAGCUGGACGGACUGGGCCCGAAGGGUGAGGGGGGCCUGCCCUCAUGCGGGCCCCCGGACAAGGCCUCAUUGGCCCACAGCAAGGCGGGCAAGGCUCGUGACCGCGAGCCUGACGUCAAGAAUGGCCACAACCUGUUCAUGGCCGCGGCCGCCGCGCCCCCCGGGGGCCUCCUCAGCAGCCCGGGCCUCGCCCCGGCAGCAUCCUCGGCGGGCAGUGCGGCCCCGGCCACCCAGGCUCACCGCCCCUUCCUGGGCGCCUUCGCCCCCGGCCCGCAGUUCGCGCUGGGCCCCAUGUCCCUGCAGGCCAACCUGGGCUCAUCCGUGCUGCAGUCUCUGUUCAACUCCGUGCCCGCCGCCGGCCUGGUGCACGUCUCGUCCGCCGCCACCAGACUGACCAACUCGCACGCCAUGGGCAGCUUCUCCUCCGGGGUGGCCGGCGGCGCAGUUGGAGGUGUCUUUAACCACGCGGUGCCUCCCGCCUCCGCUCAUCCGUUUGGAGCCAGUUUCGGCAGUGGGGCUGCGUGUCGCAGCGCCACGCUGAGCUUAACCCCGCUGCAGGCGGUGUCCAGCACCCCAGCCUCUUCCUUUCAGGCCCCGUCCUCUGCGGAGCCGAGGCCGCCCCUGCCCCCUCCGCACCUGGGCCGGCCCCCUCCGGGGCAGCCCACCCUCCACGCACCCCCCCCUCCUAACGCCGCCUUGCCUCCUCCCCCCGCGCUGCUCCCGGCUAACUCUGAGCCUGUGCUUCUGCAGAACCUCGCGCCCCUCCCGGCUAACCAAGCUUUCUUACCUGCUUCCUCUGCUGCCUCUCUGCCACCUGCUAACACCUCUCUAUCCAUCAAGCUCGCCUCCCUCCCGCACAAGGCGUCCCGCCCCCCCUUCACGGUGCACCGCCAGCCCCUGCCCGGGCUGGCCCUGGCCCAGGCCGCGCCCGUGAUCCCGCAGGCCAGCUCCACGGGGCCACCCGCCGUGUGGGUUUCCCUUGGCAUGCCGCCUCCGUAUGCCGCGCGCCUUGCGGGGGUUAAGCCGCGAUAAAGACCUUGAUUAGCUAGCAGUUCGUAUUCUGUAAGGUAAGGCUAGAGCCCGACCAGGCGGCUGUAUGAGAAACUGAACCGUCCUUCCUUCUGCAGAGAGCAGGCGGGCCCGCGGGGCUGCUCUCCUGCGGCGGGAGGUGCAGACGCCAAGAGCACAGGGAGGCAAGGGAGCCAUGGCGGCCUGAGCAUGCCACCAGGAGCCAGGGAGGGGCCCAGGAGGAGGUGGACGAGCCCAGCUUGAGCUGGCCGCCACCCUCAGGCUUGGUGUCUGCAGCAGCUGGGGACCCAGGCAGCUCCAGUGUGGGUUCGUGGGGCAGCUUAGCUUCCAUCCCAGCUUGGUCUUCUGUACACUCUUGGGCCUUUCAGCCCGUCUCCUUGAACGCGCCUUGUAGGGUUUUAGGAAAAUUUAAUGCAUUUAAGGCCCCUGGUACACAACAGGCCUUCAAAAAGCAGUGGUCAUCUGCAAAACUCUGCUAGAGGUCCCUGCCUGCAGGAGCCGAGGGGUAGCAGAGUGAGCCUGGCACCAGCUGUGGGAGGAACACCCGGCUGGUGGGCAAUGCUUUGCAGGCAUGGCCGUGGCACAGCUCCUCCCACUUCUGAGCGUGCCUGUGCAUUAGGACUUCUGUGCGGGGUCAGCGGAGAACAGCGUCGGAAGGGCCCACUCUGGGGAGCUGGAUGGGGCAGGGGCCUGCAAGGCCUUCAGGGAGGGUCCCGGUCGGCUCCUCUGCUGGCUUUGAGGCAGGGUUAGGGGGCUGAGCCCCGGUGCAGCUGGCCUGGCCACUGCUGGGACAGGGGCCUUCCUGGGAGAGCCCACAGUCCCGAGGGCUGACUGGGUGCCAGGGCCAGGCUCAGGGUCUGCCUGCCGUCCGCAGCCGUCUGUCGUGUGUUUUAAGUGGAAACACACGUGAGGCCCCUGGAGUCUGAUGGCCUCCUGACCAGGGUACAGGUCAGCGGACAGCCUUCCCUGAGGCUUGGGAUGGGCUAUGCCUCAGUCCUGUUGGACAAGCCCAGAAGGUAGGGCGCCUAGUGCACGGUGGCCUCACGCCCUCAGGGCAAGCAUCACGUGGCCGGUACCAGCUUGGCAUGGGUGGAUGUGCACGUGGAGGUCAGGGUCAGGCCACAGCAGACACGGGCGUGCAGGCGUGUCGGUGAGGCUGCCUGCAGGCCAUCCAGGAGCAGUGCCCAGCUUGGUGACCAGGGAGGGUCUUGGUUCCAAGGCUCCUGGGGAGGAGGGGAGGCCAGGAUCCAGCCAGCACCCCACAUGCGCUCGGGAGGGCCUGGGGACAGGGAUCUCCUGCCUCUGACUGGGCCAGGGGCAUGGUGCAGGGUCCUACAGCCACCCGGUUCAUCCAUCUGUCCGUCUGUAGGCGGCUCUGGUUCCCCAACCUGGGGCAGCACCGGGCUUGUCCGAGUGAGGCGCUAACGCUGUACUGCUUCCUCCCACGCGUCUCUGCAGGUAACUAGGAUUCCUACCUCAGCCGCGAGACUAUGCAAGGCCGGGCCGGGCCGGCGAACGGACGGAGGCCAGAGACAGGUUCUACUGUGAAUCAGCGCUGCGCAGACCUGCGGAGACGUCUUGCUGGGGCCUGGCUCCAGCCUGUACUGUUGAUAGUUUUAGAUAAAGUAUUUAUCGUUUUUUAAAAAGUAUAAACAAUUUUGACUUAUUUUAUUCCACCGAAGUCGUAAAGGCAACCUAUUGAGAGAUGUAAAUACUAUAUACGAGAGGAUCUAUGUAAACACGCUCCCGAAGGACUGGCCCGCCAGCGGAGACACCGACAGCCGGCCCGGUGCUAUCUCGUCCCAGGCUCGCGCCUCCACGUUCUUGGUGCUGACUCUCGAGGUUGACCGACGCCAAAACCAGCCCUGGGAGCGUCUGCUCUAUUUAUUCCUGCCGCUCUUCCUAUACCAAAGGCACCCGUCUCCAGGUCGAGGUGGCUCCUCAGAAAGGCCGCCCGCCCAUCACUGUGAACGGCGCCCAGCAGACAGUCAGCCCUCGGGUCCGGGAUCGCGCCUUUGGCAUAGGAACGGCCAGGCAGCGCGGGCCAUUGGGCUGCGGUGGCGGAGCCUCCAGGAGGGGCCCCGUUCUGAGUGGUGCUUGUGAGGAGGGUCUGGUACCCGAUUCCAGGGCCGGGCUGGCUCGUGUGACAAGUGCAUUUACUUUUGUACGUCUUUGUUCGUCCUGGGCUCGUGCUGCAGCCCACCCAGGGACGCAGGGGGCUAGUUGUGGGUGCCGGGUGUGUCUACAGGAGCGUCACGCUGACGGGUGACAGUAUUUUAUAGAGAUGUGAUGAAAAUUUAUAAAUUUCAUAGACUUGACUUCAUUUAUUUUUAGAUUAUAUGAUGAAUGCACAGUAAACUAAAGAGGAAAAGGGAGACAAGGAAGGGGAACCUUUCCAUCUGCUCAGGUGCACAGCGACGCUGGCCCAGGGCCCGCCCGACAGCCCAUGGCAGGGCGGCACUCACCUGGGCUGAUGGCCACGGCAACGCUCGGGCAGGAGUGUGCCAGGGCCGCAGGGUGCUCUGUCCCUCCGGCACAGCUGCCUGCGGCCAGUAGUAGGUCCCUGGGCUGAGCAGUGUUGUCUGUGUGCCUCCCCAAAAAGCUCUCGGUCCCCUGAAAGGGCCAACGUUGGCCAAAGGUGCUGGCAGGGGGCCUGGACCCCGAGGUGGGUGCCCCAAAAAGGGCUGGGCGCAAGCGGUCAGAGCCCUGUCCUAAGGUGCUUGCCCCCAAGCGGCACCCACAAAGGAGUGCAGGGAGGUGGGCCUUUGUGUGGGGAUCCAACCAGGGCCUUCCCUAGCCUGGCCGCCAUGACCCCACCCGCUCCAGAUGCGGGCACCAGGGGCCCUCCACCUGCCUGGGACAGUCAGUGUGGUGGCCCAGGCCCCACCUGGCUUCCUGAUCCCCAGGGCAGGUGUGGAGCUGGAGACCCUGUGGGAUGCAGGCCACAAGGGCCAGAGCAGGACAGCAUCCUGCCCCCUGGUGUCCUCUGCACUCUUGCGGGGCAGGAGUCUAGGGUGGAGACUAUGCCUCCCCUCCAGUGACCCGCACCCCGUACCCUUCCCUCCAGGUCGGUGCUCCCGAUGCACAAUGGUGCUGUCCUGGCCCCUGGCCCCCCAGCCCCCCUCCAAGAGGCUCCCUUCCCCGUGUCGGGCUCCCUAAAAAGCUGCAGGGCUGAGAGAAGUCCCACCUGGAACAAAGUGACACUGUACACAAACACUGCAUCACCUCGGGGGCUGUGUGGCCGCCCGCCGGGCCGCCCUGUCCUCCGCACGCACAUGCGUGGGUCUGCCCCACAGCGGGCCCAGCUCCGCCGCUGCCCCCUCGCCCACCCUCGCUCCCCGCCUGAGCUCAGCCACCGCCGGCCUCGGGAGGGGGGUGCCCAGGGCGCCGGGGCAGGAGACCCCACCGCCGCUGUUGGCGCAGGUGCUCCAGGAGGUCUGACGGCUGCGGUCGCUUCGCUCAGGAAAACCUAACAACUAAGACGACCCUCCAGUCAGGAGGAGCAGCCUCCCCUCAGCUCUGACUUGUGACCUAUUUAAGACCCACCGCCCCUUGUCUGCCCCACCGUCCGCAGGACUGUUCGGUUUCCUUCCCAAGCCCCCGUCCCCACGCUGAUCUGUAACGCAGACGGGCUUGGCUUUGUCGUCCAGUAGCUUGUUGUUUCAGCGGGGGCGCUGCCCCUCCCUCCCUGAGGGAACCCCUGCACUGCACUUCCACCUCUGGACUCUAAUAAAAUACCUGUUUUCACUUGAA